AUGUUAGAUAUUAAUUCAUUUAUAAUUGAAAAAGGUGGUGAUCCUGAAAAAAUCAAAGCAUCUCAAAAGAAAAGAGGAGCUUCAGUUGAAAUUGUUGAUGAAAUUAUUUCAGAUUAUAAAGAAUGGGUUAAAAUUAAAUUUCAAAUGGAUGAAAAAAAUAAAGAAUUAAAUAGAGUUCAGAGAGAAAUCGGUCAAAAAUUUAAAAAGAAAGAAGAUCCAAAAGAAUUAAUUGAAGAAAAAGAUAAAUUAACUGAAGAAAAGAAAAAAUUAAUUGAAUCAGAAGCUGAAAGUGAUAAAAAUUUAAGAUUUAAAGUUAAUCAAGUUGGUAAUAUUGUUCAUGAAUCAGUUGUUGAUUCAAUGAAUGAAGAUAAUAAUGAAUUAAUUAAAACAUGGUUACCUGAAAAUUAUUCAAAAUGUGAAAAAAUUGCUGCUGGUUCAAAUAAACCUGCUGAAUUAUCUCAUCAUGAAGUUUUAUUAAGAAUUGAUGGCUAUGAUCCAGAAAGAGGUGUUAGAAUUGUUGGUCAUAGAGGUUAUUUUUUAAGAAAUUAUGGUGUUUUUUUAAAUCAAGCAUUAAUUAAUUAUGGUUUAUCAUUUUUAGCUAAAAAAGGUUAUAUUCCAUUACAAGCUCCAGUUAUGAUGAAUAAAGAAGUUAUGGCUAAAACUGCACAAUUAUCACAAUUUGAUGAAGAAUUAUAUAAAGUUAUUGAUGGUGAAGAUGAAAAAUAUUUAAUUGCUACUUCUGAACAACCAAUUAGUGCUUAUCAUGCUGGUGAAUGGUUUGAAAAACCUCAAGAACAAUUACCAAUUAGAUACGCUGGUUAUUCAUCAUGUUUUAGAAGAGAAGCUGGUAGUCAUGGUAAGGAUGCUUGGGGGAUUUUUAGAGUUCAUGCUUUUGAAAAAAUUGAACAAUUUGUUUUAACUGAACCAGAAAAUUCUUGGAAAGAAUUUGAUAGAAUGAUUUCUUCAAGUGAAGAAUUUUAUCAAUCUUUAGGUUUACCUUAUAGAGUUGUUGGUAUUGUUUCUGGUGAAUUAAAUAAUGCAGCUGCUAAGAAAUAUGAUUUAGAAGCUUGGUUUCCUUUCCAACAAGAAUAUAAAGAAUUAGUUUCAUGUUCAAAUUGUACUGAUUAUCAAUCAAGAAAUUUAGAAAUUAGAUGUGGUAUAAAACAACAAAAUCAAACUGAAAAAAAAUAUGUUCAUUGUUUAAAUUCAACUUUAAGUGCCACUGAAAGAACAAUUUGUUGUAUUUUAGAAAAUUAUCAAACUGAAGAUGGUUUGAUUGUUCCUGAAGUUUUAAGAAAAUAUAUACCUGGUGAACCUGAAUUUAUAAAAUAUGAAAAGGAAUUACCAAAGAAUUCUACAUCAAAGAAAGCAAAGAAGUAA